AUGCACUUCCACAGCGAGCGCAAGAUCGACCACUUCGAGUCCCGGCUCGAAAACAUCGAAAACAUGAUCCGUGACCUAGCCAUCUCCAUCCACACCCGCAGUCCCUCCGCUUCCGCCACCGAACCUCUCACCGCCGGCGGCUAUGCCAGUUCUGCUACCGCCGUCGGCCCCGGUGGAAAUAACCCCUCGCCGGCGACCACUAGCACCGCCACCAACACCGCCGGCACUGCCAACACUACUACCACCACCACUGCUGCCGCCAUCCCCGACGACGAUACCUCCGUCUCCGCCUUCGAAGGUGGUUCCUCCAUGGCCGCCCAAACCGUCUUCGCCAGCGAAUUCCUCGAGCACGCCGUCGCCCACACCCUACCCCCGGGACUCGACCCCGACAUGCAAUCAGCCCUCAUGUCACUCCAGCAAAUCGUGGCCAUGCAGAACCGGCCCAGCGCGCACGAGUCGCGCUUCGUGCACGCCAAGCCGUUACCCCCUGGGGGGCUACGGGAACUGCCCAUGCCGCCGGCGCCUGUGGUGGUUACCGCGCUGAGGGAGAUGAAGAAGGAUGGGGGGUUGGUGAGCUUCGCGUCGAUUUGUUUGUUUGUGGUGGGCGGGAAUUUUGCGGAGAGGUGCAGUAAGGUGUAUUUUGCGACGGAGGAUUUUAAUAUCAUGUCGUGGGGGGUUGUGAAUGGCGGGUUGUUCUUUUUGCUGCAGGACAAGGCGGCCGUGUCGUCGGGGCCGGAACGGCAGCAGUUGCUGGAGUAUAUGGUGUUGUGUCGGGAUAAUCUUGAGACGGCGCUCAGUAACAUGCCGCUGCUGAUGCCUGCGCGCAAGGAGAGUAUUGAGUUGUUGCUGAUGGGGGCCUUCUACGCCAUCGAAAUCUCCAAAUUCUCCGUCGCCCGCGACCUCACCGCCGCAGCCGCCACCCUCUGCCAGACCUUAGGCUACCACCGUAUCUCCAACGACGACUCAGACGACGAAGACGCCGACCCAGCCGCCCCCGUCGACACCACCGCCCCGGCCCGCGCCAUCCUCUUCUGGGCCGCCUACCUCCUCGACAAAGCCUUGUCUAUGCGCUCCGGUCGCGCGCCCGCCAUCCAAGACUACGACAUCACCGUCGCGCGCGGGCUGGACGAAUCGAUUGAUAUGCCGGAUGACUCGUGGCGGUUUGUGCUGAACCAGUGGAUUGCGUAUGCCGAUGUGUUGGGGAAGGCGUACGAGCAGCUGUAUAGUCCGGCUGCGCUGGCUGCGCCAUUGGAGCAGCGGUCUGAGAGCGCGAGGCAGUUGAUUCAAACCAUGCUCAACCUCUCAAAAAAACAAGAACCCCUCAUGCGACACACGCGCGAAAAGAUGCGCGGCGUCCGCUUCGACGCGCACAGCCAGUUCCCCAUGGAGAUGGCCAUCCUCGGCGACGAACUAACCCACUGGUCUUCUUUAACCCUCGUCUACCGCGCUAUGCCCAGCCCGCCCGGUUCGCCCAGCACUUUCAACCCGGAGUGCAUCCACGCCGCGCGCGAGGCAUUUCGCUGCCAUCAGGAGUAUAUGGACAUGGCGGGGGAUAGUCUACCUGUUAAAGCGGGGUGUAUUCGAUGGAACCUCAUCUACGUCCCCUUCACCCCGCUCAUCAUCCUCUUCUGCCACAUCAUCGAAACCUCCGACACCGACGACCUCCGCCGCUUAGCCGACUUCACCUACUCCAUGGAGCCCGUCUGUGCCGACCCCACGCGUACCGGGGCCGGCGAGUAUGUCGUGCGUUUCCACCGCAUCUGCCAGGUCCUGUAUAACGUCGCGACGCUGUGUGUGCGAGCGCGCGCCCAUCGCAUGGGCGGUGGCGGCGGCGGCGGCGGUGGUCCUGCGGGGAUUCCUGGGCUGGGCCCGGGCGGUGGUGGUGGCAACAGAGGUGGUGAUCCUCACGGGCUGCGGGAUCAUGAUAUGGUGACGGUUGGGGAUAAUAUCGAUAUGUAUCUGAGCCAGUUGGGGUUUGUGGCGCCGCCGUAUGGCACUGGUGCUGCUGCUGCUGCUGCGGGCGGGCACCCACAUCCAAUGCAUGAUCACCAUGUUCCUGGGACAACGGGGCCGGGACCGGGGCAACACCAUUAUGGGCAUGCUGGAGGCGGGGGUGGGAACAACGGGCCUGGGGGGAUGUAUGGUGAUACCGGAUAUGGGCCCGCUGCCCAGGCGAACCAGCUGGGGAACUGGUUCUCCGGGAACACUCAUAUUCUCGGGUUGUUGGAAGAGGACUUGUCCCAGUUUGAGCCGCGGAUGUGGACGUCCAUGGGUGGACAAUAG